AUGCGUUAUGUAGUGAAUAAGAUCAGAGUUGAGGAGGCUGAGAAGGGGCGUAUAAACAAGAUAUAUGUACCAAAAGGGCCAGGGCUUGAUGAAGAAGAACUUGUGCUGGUGGACAACAAGUAUGCGUUCAAGUUUGAGUUUACUAUAGGAUCGAAUGUUCUAUUGAGUAAAAUCCAAAGGGAGUUUCUGAACAAAAACAUUGGAAGAGAUGAAGUGGACAUUAAUAACCUGAAUGUUGUUGAGUGUGACCAGAUCUCACUGUUGAAGAUUGAUGUUGAGAUAAUAAAUCUUGAGAAGGUAGAGAUUGAUGCAAAGGAGCUUAUUGAAAAGUUUAAGGAUGCGCAUGUUCUGUAUCCAUUCAAUGCCGAUCAGAAGUUUUACUUUUAUGUUGGGGAGAUUGGAUUGAAAAUGACGGUAAGAGAGAUCUUCACGGUGAUGGAUAAUAAAUACGGGAUUCUAUUGCGGAACACUGAGGUGUUCCUGAGUUCUGUGUCUGAAAGACUUGUGAUUGCAAACAACUCGAAAGAGAACAUGCUGCUUGACCCUAACUUCAAUUUUGAGUCUCUUGGGAUAGGAGGUUUGAAGCAGGAGUUUGGGAAAAUGUUCCGAAGGGCUUUUGUACAGAGAGCAUUUGAUUCUGAGGUGAUUAAGAACUUUGGAAUUCCGCAUGUUAAGGGAAUAAUUCUUUAUGGGCCUCCAGGAACGGGAAAAACAUUGAUAGCCAGGAAGCUUGGGUCUUUGCUGAAUGCAAGGCCACCUAAGAUAGUGAAUGGACCUGAGAUUUUGAAUAAGUAUGUUGGACAGAGCGAAGAGAACAUCCGGAAUCUAUUUAAGGAUGCUGAGGAUGAAUGGCGUGCAAAGAAGGCAGAUAGCAAUUUGCACAUGAUAAUAUUUGAUGAGAUUGAUGCAAUAUGCAGAAGAAGAGGGAAUAGUGGAAAUACGGGAGUUGGAGAUCAGGUGGUGAACCAGCUCUUGAGUAAGAUGGAUGGAGUGGAAGCAAUAGAGAAUAUACUAGUGAUUGGAAUGACUAAUCGACUUGAUUUGAUUGACGAGGCACUUUUACGACCGGGCAGAUUUGAGAUACACCUUGAAAUCUCGCUUCCAGACGAGGAGUCACGAGCAGAGAUAUUCAGGAUACACACAAAGACAAUGGAAAGCCACAAAUAUCUGGAUGAAGGGAUUGACAUUGGAAAGAUAGCAAAGCUUUCAAAGAACUACACGGGAGCGGAGAUAACUGCGGUUGUGAAAAGUGCGGUUUCGUUUGCCUUAGAAAGAAAGGUGCAUGGAGAGAAGGAGGAAGGAGGAGAGAUGAAUGUCAUAGCAGACAAGAACAUCAAGGUGUUUAUGAAUGACUUUAUUCAAGCGCUUGAUGAGGUGAAACCGGCAUUUGGGAUUAAUGAGUCGAGUUUCCAGAGAUAUGAGAAGACAUUCUAUGAGACACCUAUGUUUACUCAAGGCAUUGAAUAUGGAAGAGGACUGCUGCAGAAGUUGAGCAAAACCAAUUUGUACAACACUUCAUCGCUAUUAUUCUAUGGUGAAUCAGGUGUUGGAAAGACUACGCUGGCUGUGAAGGUGUCGAGACUUUCGAUGUAUCCGUUCAUCAAGAUUAUUUCGCCGAGGGAUAUAAUUGGACUUAGCGAGCAUGAGAAGGUGAAUUAUAUCAAGGAUAGAUUCAUGGACGCAUAUAAGUCUGAGGAAGCGAUAGUUAUACUUGAUGAUAUUGAGAGCCUGAUUGAUUUUGUAAAUAUAGGACCACGGUUCAGUAAUGCUGUUUUGCAAGCAUUGAAGAUAUUUAUCAAGGAGGAGAGUAAGAAGAAAGUGUUUGUGAUUGGGACGACGAGCUCUGUUGAGGUGAUGAAGGAGUGUGGGAUAUAUGAAUGUUUCCAGACAUCUUAUGAGGUUGAGAAGAUAACGAUUGCGGAUUAUGAGAUCUUAUGUGAGCAGAACCCGAGUUUUACGGAUAUUUGCUAUAAUGAGAUGGCGCAUAAGGAUGCAUUGUCAAUUAAGCAGCUGCUUUUGUUACUUAACGAGCCUGAUGUAUCGCCAGAAUGA